GUUUGUUGCGAACCAAAACAGACGACAUAACCUUGGAACUCCUAUCGAUAUCCCGCCUGUACGUUCAGAUAGCUUAGCGAAUAUACCAUAUCUUGAUUCGGCAUGACAUUACAGUUUAGCUUCUGCCAAUACUGAUUGUAUUUUUUCCCGGUUUAUCUUCACUUCCCUACGUGCCACCCCCGUCUCAGCAACCAUGCCUCGAGUCGUCAACCCCCCGCAAAAGAAUAAUCGGCGCGGGUCUUCCAAACAGGCCACAACGCCGCACAAGAAUUCUCCGAUGAAGAUUCCACUAAAUGACGAUGCGGGCGAGAAAGUUGCGCGCUUUCAAUCCCGACAGGCCCUCCAUGAUCUCCAAAUGAAUCAGAUCAAAGCGGCGGUCAAGACGCCCAUGCCACCCAUGCGCAAGAUCAACAACUACGACCGAGCAUCGAGUAGCAGCCCGCGAACGCCUCGCGGCUCCAGCGUAAGAGGGGGAGGGAGGGAAACUGAUUCAGGUGGACGGCAAAUCGUCAAUGGCAGAGCAGUAACGCCUAUGAAACGAGUACCUAUCUUAGCGAAUUUCGAAGAGUGGAUGAAGAUGGCCACGGAUAAUAAAAUUAACGCGGCGAAUUCGUGGAACUUUGCGCUCAUUGACUACUUCCAUGACAUGUCACUACUAAAGGAAGGCGACGGGGUUAAUUUCCAGAAGGCCAGUUGCACGCUUGAUGGAUGUGUGAAAAUCUACACUAGUCGAGUUGACAGUGUUGCGACUGAAACCGGCAAGUUGCUCAGCGGGUUGGCGGAUAGCAAUAAUAAGAAAAGACAGCAAGAUGAGGGCGAAAGCGGUGAGGGUGAUGAAGAUGAUGAGGAGGAGACUGGGGAGGAUGGAGUGACACGAAAGAAGCAGAAGAAGACACGAUCACACGAAAAUACCUUGGCACCUUCGUUUUCUUCCCUCCAAUUGAAGAAGUUUGAAUUGGAGUUUUCUGUGGAUCCUUUAUUCAAGAAAGCUUCGGCCGAUUUCGACGAAGGUGGAGCAAAGGGACUUCUUCUGAACCACCUUUCAAUCGAUGGCACUGGUAGGAUUGUAUUCGACAGCAGCGACGAUGCCGGAGAUGCCACAGCAGAUGGUGAUUGGAACUCUGGAAAGGAUGACCGAGAAGGAACGGCAGAGACGGAUGCACUUCCGUCGCCGUCACCCGCACCACAAAAUAAUGAUUGGGACGACGAAAAUGUUGAAAUUGACCUUGGACCGCUAGCGAACAAAUUCUUUUCAAGCCUUGAUAUCCUUGAUGAGCAAGAUAUCUGCCCCUCUCUGAAAGAUUUUGAUCUUGGGGACCCAAGUGGCUCACUCGAUAUUCCUUUCCUACGUGCGCCUGAUGAUUGGCGACAGGACAAAUCGCAGCUCGAACCAGGGGUUGGUGAAGCAUCUGGGAUUAUGCUAGAUGAUGAUAUCGCUGUCGGAUUUGAUGAUGACGAUGCAACCAUUACAGGUUUUGAUCUUGGAGGUGACACUGGCUUCGGUGAAGGUGGUGAGGCGUGGGCUAGGGACGCUGCUCUCGAGCCUAUGCUGAAAGUCCACCGCAUCGAUGAUGGUGAUGAGGGCAUGGAUUCUGAUUCUAAUGAUCCGUAUACUAUUUCUCUUUCACAUCAACCGGCUGCUAAAGAGCAUGACAACAUUCUCAGCUAUUUUGACAAUGCUUUACAGAAAAAUUGGGCCGGACCCGAGCACUGGAAAAUCAGACGCAUCAAGGAAGCAACUAGCACAACUAAUGCCGCUCCUCGGAUACGCAAAGAAAAGGAACCCUUUGAAAUCGAUUUUGCUUCGCCCCUUGACCCUACUCUGGCAGAAAUGAUCUAUACCCAAUCAUCUUCUAACUCCGCUAUCUCCCUGCCCAAAACACAAUGGAAGACCAAGGGUAGAAACCUUCUUCCUGACGACAAACAUUUUAAUUCACGAGAACUACUUCGAUUAUUCCUGAAACCAAAGGCCAGAAUGGGCUUCAAAUCUCUUGCGAGAGGUCGACAAAUUAGAAACCAGCAAAAUCUCUCAAACAACAGCGAGAUGAAUGAGGCAUUCUGGGCUGCACACAAACCUGGCGCUGAGCAAACCAGCAUAGAUGAUAGUGCUGCUCCUACGGGUGCUUAUGACGCCAACUUCUUUGCAGAUGAUGAGGGUCUAGCCUUCCCACAUGGGCUUCCCGUGGGGCCUGAUGAUGAUGACGAUAACAUGCCGUUCGCCGAUGCAAGAGAAGCAUUCUCGCCUACUAUGGACCCUAAUGCUCGCCCAAGCACGUCUGCAGGUGAACCAGGCGGUCUCUCCGGACUCACUGCUUUAUUACAUGCUGCUGCAACCCCAGGAGGAGCGCUUGCUGGUGGUUUCGGUUCUCAACUUGUUACUCAAGGCGGUCGAAGAGUGCGGCCCGAUUACGUUGCUUACGCUAGAGUGGCGAAGAAAGUUGACGUACGCCGGUUAAAGGAAGAAAUGUGGAAAGGCAUGGGUGAUCGAUUAAUCGAUUCAUCAGCGUUCAGCUCUUCAUCGCCUUCGGCAGCGGUAACGUCGUUAGACUUGCCGAAAGAUGCGGAAGCUCCACCACCCUCAUCUACAGAAACGCCGGAUCCGACGGAAGAUGAUGUAGGCGCGGAUGGCAAUAGCCUUCGAUUCACAUCCGUGAUGCAGGGCCUCAAAACAGCAUAUCCCGAACAAGCGUUACGCGACAUUAGUACAUCAUAUUGUUUCAUCUGCUUACUUCACCUAGCUAAUGAAAAGGGCCUUGUGCUGGAAAAUAAAGGUGGCAUUGAUGGAUGGCAGGGUAACGGACUAGAGGAAAUUUACGUGACGAAGGACCCAGGCGCUGUUAUUGAAGGAGAGGCCUAGAGUGUCGACAUCCAAUACCCAAUCCUCGCGCGUCACCCAAAUGGGGAGGCGUGGGUGUGCCUUGUUUUUCAUUCUUUCGCGCUUCAUGGCACAAUUCUUAUGGUAGACUGGUUGACUUUUUGGUGCUGUGGUUGGUUUGGUAUUAAUAGCGCAUGGGGAUUGGUGCCUUCUUAGGUGGAUUGAGGUCUUAUAAUACUAUUAUUUUCUAUUAUUCCUUUGAGAUGUUUGGUUUGUUACGGUUUUCCUUGGCUUGACUUUUGAACUCUUUUAUUUUGGCUUGUUUUUGGUGUUGCUGGCGCUGAAUAGCUUUGUGUUGCUGCACUUCUGUGAUUUUCCCAAGUAUAGCUGCUAUUUUUUACCCAUGUUUUCUACCACAUUUACUCAAACUGACCGUGAGUUUCUGAACGUAUUUCGAGAAAUAAGUAGUUAAAAGGGCUGCAUACACGAAUCGUGUGAGCAACCACUUCACUUGAUGUAGUUCCUCGCGUACCCCCCCGGAUAUCAUACGGGGAAAUUCGAUCAUUUUUUGGGUGUUCCAAUUUUAGCUUGGAGGUGAGCUGCAAGAAUAAACAUGAACGAAGUGUACAGUAGUUGGAUGUUUGUAGAGCGCCACGACAAGGACUCAUAGAAAUGAGGCAGAGACGUAUUUACUGCUGGUUGAGUGUGAUAGGAGAGAUAGUUAGAAAAAUAUGAUAAAUAAAAGUAGCUCAGCUAAACUGAAAAUAAAAAGAUCUCGGAAGGAAAGAGGUAGAUAGCAUAGUCAGGGUAACUUAGUAGUGGUUCAAGUUCCCAUCAAUCCAUCCAUCCAUCAUUUUAACCG